AUGACACACUGCUUUUUUCAGCAGGAACUAAUGGAACAAUAAGAAUUUGGAAAAUUAAAUAUGGCUAAAAUACAAUAACACAUCUAUCAAUUUUCAGUUUUUAUUCUUAUCAUAUUUAUGCAAUUAGUUUGA